AUGCUGCGGCUCUUUGCAGCAGAUGUCUAUGACAUAGUUAUCGUCUGGAUGACAGCCCGGUGGUACCAGGCCGUCUUCAAGCGGCUGAACAGCGGCGACCGCAUCCUGGACGUGGGCAUUGGCACAGCGUCAGCCCUUGCCCGGAACAAGGCCGAGAUGCUGGACCGGCGCCUCUCUGUCGUCGGGAUCGAUUACGAGGCAGCGUAUGUUCGCAAGGCCGAGGCCGUGCUGAAGGCCGAGGAGCUUUGGCGGCCGGCGCCUGCGGGCACCAAGGGCUACAGAGAAGGAGAGUUCUAUUGUCACGUGCUGCAGCGCUCCAUCUACGACGACCUGUCAGACCUUUGCUUCCAGGUGGGUGAUCAGCCAUUUACGGGAGAGAUUCCAAAAAUCAUCCCGGAGGAGUUGCGCUUUGAUGCAGUAUACUUCUCCGGCUCUUACUCCGUCUUGCCUGAUCCGCCAGCGGCUCUCAGAGCAGUUCUACCGCUUAUGAAGAGCGACGGCCGGGUCUUCAUUACACAGACAUUCCAGAAGGCACACUCGCCGAUGAUGGCAUUCUUCAAGCCACUGCUCAAGUACAUUACCACCAUAGACUUUGGCCAGCUCGUCACAGAGGUGGAACUUGAAGGACUCAUCUCAAGCGCCGGAGGCUUCGAAGUGCUGGAGAACAAGCCCAUUCCUGGCUCCAUUGACACGCGGAUGCAGACUGCUCGGCUCGUGAUACUCAAGAAGGCGUAG